AGUGCGGCAGCGGGCUGACGGAUGGCGGGACGCGGGGACGCGGCAAACAAGGUCAUUAUCCAAGUGUUAGAGGUGGUGGAUCGUCUUCAUAGAGGGGAGUCAGUCGCUGCAAUACUCCGUAACCGAUCUCUAGUGGAAGAGGAGGACCAGCACAUGAAAUUGUCCCUUGGAAGCAGCGAAAUGGGUCUCUCAUCCCAUCUGCAGUCUUCCAAGGCAGGGACCACACGCAUCUUUACCAGCAAUACCCACAGUUCGGUGGUGUUACAGGGCUUUGACCAGCUUCGACUUGAAGGAUUGCUUUGCGAUGUGACCCUGAUGCCUGGUGACACAGAUGACGCCUUCCCUGUGCAUAGAGUCAUGAUGGCCUCGGCUAGUGAUUACUUCAAGGCAAUGUUCACAGGUGGAAUGAAAGAACAAGAUUUAAUGUGA